CUGGACAAGAUAUUCUCAACAUGGGAAUCGUGACUCCUCCCUCCAAAGUUCUCGUGACCGGUGCGAACGGUUUUGUCGGCGUCUGGGUCGUCCGCUUGCUGCUCGAACAAGGUUACUAUGUCCGCGGCACCGUGCGUUCGGAACAGAAAGCAACGUAUCUCAAGGUGCGUUUCGCCAAGUAUGACGACAAGCUCGAGAUCGUCGUGAUCCCAGACAUGCUUGUGGCGACUGCGUUCGAUGAGAGCGUGAAGGGUGUGCAGGGAAUACUGCACAUGGCGGCGGUCGUUUCUCUUGGCGGCACCUACGAGAGUGAGUUCUCUUAUAACGGUCUUAGGCAUUCAUUGACCGCUUUAUCAGCGAUCGUCAAGCCUUCGAUCGUCAUGACUGAGAAUAUCCUGAACAGCACCCUCAAGUACGGCACUGACGUGCGCCGCUUAACGAUUACGUCUUCUGCAGUCGCGCUCUUGCAGCCUCAGGAGCCGGGAUACACGUACACGGACAAGGACUGGAACGAAUAUGCCAUCCAGGAGAUGAAGGAAAAGGGCGACAAAUCCGCGUAUCACAUUCCAUAUUUUGCGGCCAAGACGAUGGCGGAGCGCGCGGCCUGGGAGUUCUUACGCUUUCGGGCCCCAGAUCCAUGAGGUAUUGUCUCUCUGCAUAAGUAGGGGAUCUUGAUCAGUAACUCGGACUUAGGGAUACACGAACGGCAAACCCCAGAGCUUCUUGUACAACCAUCUCCAAGACGAUAAGCCCGUAGAGUAUCUGGGUGACUAUGCGGGCUCUUGGGCUGAUGUUCGCGACGUCGCGUUAGCCCAUAUCCUCUCGUUGCAGAAGGAUAAUGUGGCCGGAAGACGCCUCCUCAUUUCUGCCGGUGCGUUCUCGUGGCAGGACGUGUAUGAUGCCCUCGCGUCAGUUCAACCGCCUGUCGAGGGAGUGCCGAGUGGAGUUCAUGGAAUACCGAGGAAACCAUACAACGAAAUUGAUUCCAGUGAGACGAAUAAGAUACUCGGC